UUUUGAGAGUGGGCAAUUGUCACGGCUUUUCCCGCUCCAGACUGAUAGACACUGACAAGACGAGUGGCAAACAUACCUCUGCACAGCGACAGGUGCAAGGAAGGCGGUGCCUUGAAUGAGUACCAGUGUAGUAGACUGGGUGAAAUCUAUGCGAGAGAACGCACGCCGGAUGCUGCCACAAAGAUUAUUACGACGUGUAACACCAUGCUGCGAACGUACGUCGAACGUUAUCUAGGUCUGGGUACCCGUGCCACAGGUGCCCGUGCCACAGGGAGCAGUGUGGAAGUCGCUGUCAAGAGCGAACAGGACGAGAAGAAGGGUUUCUGGAAUAAUCCGUUGCACUGGGUCCCCGCUGUUGCAGGUGGAGCUGUAAUAGGGAGCAGUGUGGAAGUCGCUGUCAAGAGCGAACAGGACGAGAAGAAGGGUUUCUGGAAUAGUCCGUGGUACUGGGUCCCCGCUGUUGCGGGUGGAGCUGCAACAGGGAGCAGUGUGGAAGUCGCUGUCAAGAGCGAACAGGACGAGAAGAAGGGUUUCUGGAAUAAUCCGAGAUGCUUGGUCCCCGCUGUUGCAAGUGGAACUGAAACAGGGAGCAGUGUGGAAGUCGCUGUCAAGAGCGAACAGGACGAGAAGAAGGGUUUCUGGAAUAAUCCGUGGUGCUGGGUCCCCGCUGUUGCAGGUGGAACUGUAACAGGUGCGGUACUGGGGCCAGUUGUUCUUGGGGCCGGGCUAGCAGGAAUGGGGUUCACAACGUCAGGGAUUACAGCAGGCUCCAUGGCAGCGAGUGCGAUGUCUACAGCUUGGACGACGGGAGUUGGCGUGGGGGCCGUUGGAGCAGCACAGUCUACAGGGGCUGCUGGUGUAGCUAUAGGAACGAAGGUAGCAAUGGCCGCAGUCGGCGGGGCAGCCGCGGGCUACUACUCCAGCGGGCCAAAGUGUGAAAAGGAGAAUAAAAAGGAAUAAAUAACAAACUGACAAUCGCAAAUCCGUAUCACUCAGGAUCACCCUAAUUCUAAUAACUACUGUUCCUCGCAAAUUUCAAACCUUGAAUUUGAUCUACCAUGACGUUAAUCUGUUAAUACUUGUUCCCUGGGGUUGAUUUACCACGAUGUUAUACUGUUUAAACCAACCAAAACAUCACACCCAACAUGUCCAGCUGUCCAAACAUCUCAACAAUAUGUAACUGAAUAUCUUGAAGAAAGUUCAGCUUUCAUUCAUAGUCAGAGAUUUGUUGGGUGAACUUUAGUGGUGUUUGCUUAAACUUAAUAAAGGCGUUGACAUCCAAACAAGUGUCUACAACUUCAAAAUAUUUGAUCAUAUCAGCCACUAAGGCUGUCGAGGUUGUUGGUACGGAUUAUGCAAGGGUAAACCAGGUACCUUUCUGUAUACACAAAUACACCCCACGUACCUCUCUGUAGACACAAAUAUACCCCAGGUACCUCUCAGUACACACAAAUACACACCACGUACCUUUCUGUACACACUAAUACACACGAUGCACCUUUCUGUAUACACAAACACACCCUACUUACCUUCCUGUAUACACAAACACACCCCACGUACCUUUCUGUAUACACAAACACACCCUACUUACCUUUCUGUAUACACAAACACACCCUACUUACCUGUCUGUAUACACAAACACACCCUAUGUACCUUCCUGUAUACACAAACACACCCCACGUACCUUUCUGUAUACACAAGCACACCCCACGUACCAUCCUGUAUACACAAACACACCCCACGUACCUUCCUGUAUACACAAACACCCCCACGUACCUACCUGUAUACACAAACACACCCCAUGUACCUUCCUGUAUACACAAACACACCCCACGUACCUUUCUGUAUACACAAAUACACCCCACGUACCUUCCUGUACACACAAAUACACCCAAGGUACCUUUCUGUUUUCACUAAUACACACGAUGCACCUUUCUGUACACACUAAUACACAUGAUGCACCUUUCUGUACACAGAAAUACACCCAAGGUACCUUUCUGUAUACACAAACACACCCUACUUACCUUUCUGUAUACACAAACACACCCUACUUACCUGUCUGUAUACACAAACACACCCUACGUACCUUCCUGUAUACACAAACACACCCCACGUACCUUUCUGUAUACACAAGCACACCCCACGUACCAUCCUGUAUACACAAACACACCCCACGUACCUUCCUGUAUACACAAACACCCCCACGUACCUACCUGUAUACACAAACACACCCCACGUACCUUCCUGUAUACACAAACACACCCCACGUAUCUUCCUGUAUACACAAACACACCCCACGUACCUUCCUGUAUACACAAACACACGCUACUUAUCGUUGUACACAAAGUAAGAAGGAUAGAUAUCAAUAUGUAGAUUAUUACAAAAUGGUAGAAGAAUUUAUUGCGUUUGUUUAGGAGCAAUUAUUUCCUGUAAUUUCAAUGGUAAAAAGGUAAAAAGGUAAAAGGUAAAAUUGUAAACCGUGGACAUGUUGAAAGACCAUCGAUCUUGUGAUUCAUUUGUAAGAAUGAAUAUCUUACCUUUCAUUGUACUGAAAUAAAUUAAUCAAUGCA